UCCCCUUUUCCUCCGUCCCCCCGUCCCGCCCCGCCCCGCCCCGCCCUCAUAAAAUCUCGCUUCUCGCCUGUCAGUCAUCACUACUACUCCAGUCGCCACCCACCACCACCACCUCCAUCGCUGGCGGCAGUCAUCAGUCAGUCCUCAGUCCACUCCCUCCCGCCCCGCGCCCCCAAAAACCUCGCCUCCCGAGUCCGCCCCCGCCGCGCCGCCGAACCACAGGCCCGAUCGCCAGCCGCGCCAGAUCUGACGACGACGACGGGCCCCACCAUCACGGCCGCGCCGAUCGCUUUGCUUUCAUCCCGCGCGCGCGCCCUCAUUCUCACCGUCACCGCCACGCCACUCGGUUCACUUCCUACCCACUAGCGCCGCUACCGAGGUGCGCGCGGCCUCGGAAUUGCGCCCGUCCACGUGGGAAUCCGCCGCCGCCGCGGGCGGCAAUGCGGGGCGCGUGGUAGGGGGCCGCAGCCGCGAUGGAGGUGGAGGCCGUGGGCUGUGCAGGCGCCGCCGUCGCCGGCGGCGGCGGCGCGGGGGGCAAGCGGGGCCGGGCGAAAGCUGGCGCGGGAGCGGAGCCGGAGCCCAAGCGACGCGCGGUAGCGGUCGCCGUGCCGCCCGCCGCCGGUGCGCCGUGGGCGCAGCAGCACCCGGCGUCGCGGAUCUACCGCGUCUCGCGGGCGUCGGGGGGCAAGGACCGCCACAGCAAGGUGUACACGGCCAAGGGCAUCAGGGACCGACGCGUCCGCCUCUCCGUCGCCACCGCCAUCCAGUUCUACGACCUGCAGGACCGCCUCGGGUACGACCAGCCUAGCAAGGCCAUCGAGUGGCUCAUCAGGGCUGCCGCUGACGCUAUCGACAAGCUCCCUUCGCUCGACGCCGCCGCGGGGUUCCCCGCGCACCCGGCCUCCGCCGCCAAGGACCACCACGCUCACCACGGCCCGCCGCCUGCUGGUGACGACGGCGACGAACACCACCACCACCAGCAGCUCACGAGGUCCGGAUGUAGCAGCACGUCCGAGACAAGCAAGGGCUCGGUCCUCUCGCUCUCCCGCUCCGAGAGCCGGGUCAAGGCAAGGGAGCGCGCUAGGGAGCGGAGCGCCGUUGCCAGGGACAAGGACAAGGACAAGGACCCCGCCGCGGCCGCCAACGACGGUACCGCCAGGCGCGUCGUGGCUACCACUACCUCGGCGCAGGCGGCGUCCUUCACCGAGCUGCUCACGGGGAUGGCCGCGGCCAGCGCCGCCGCCCCCGCGGACCACAAGCACCACCAGCAGUCGUCGGUGUCCUGGGGGCAGACGACGACUGUCUCCGCUGCCACCGCCGACUACAUCGGGUUCGCGCAGCCCCGGAAGGGCGCGGGGCACGCGAUGGCGCACGCCUUCGCCGCCCCCGCUCCCCACCUCGGCAACAUUGCGUCCAUCGCCAUGGCCCCGGCGGCGCAGCACUUCGGCUUGGCCAGUGGUGCCGUCACCGUCGCCUCUGGCGGCGGCGAGCCGAACGCUGAGAUGACGCACUUCUCGUUCUUGCAGGACCAUUUCAUGCCCGUCCACGCGGCGCCGGCGCCGGCGCCGACUCCCGCCAUAGAAUACAACCUCAACUUCUCCAUGUCCUCGGGUCUUGUGGGUGUCAACAGUAGGGGGACCCUUCAGUCCAAUUCGCAGCCGCACAUCUCCGGCCACCACCACCACCAACAACAGCUCCAGAGGCUGUCUACUCCACUGGACGCUCCCAACAUACCCUUCCUGUUCAGCCCGCCCGCCGCUGCCGCUGCAGCGCCCACCACGGCCGAGGGCCAGUUCGCCGCGUUCCAGCUCUGGAACGGGUUCCAGCACGCAGACAUGAAGGAGAAGGGCAAGAACUGAUCGACACCUGCCCAGCGCUGUGCGGUGCUAUCUGGAUGGAUGUGAAAACAUCAAAUCAAAUAAUUGCAACCUGCCCCUGGAAGCACCAUUCAUUGCUUGAAGCUGCCAUAAGUGCGUUGGGGAUGAUUCCCCGAAUUCUUGGAAGCAGAUCAUCCUUCAGACAUCUGGUCAUCACAGAAGAACCUCAUCGUCUUUACUACUCUGACAACCUUCUGCACUUCUUUUUCCGCCUGCUGCUGUAUUCAUUUCCUGGAGGUGAGAUUUUCGGUGCAUGAUUUGCCAGAGUGCGCUGUCAGAAAGCCAUUGUAAUCCUUCCCAUUCUGAACUCUGCAAUGGAUGGAUUCGAUUCGGCCCCUUGAUCGGCGCUUUCCAGUUUCAGGGAUCAGUUAUCCCUGCCAUUUGUAUGGUUCUCGGUUGUGUGUUGUACAAGAAGUGAGAAGACUCCAAUGCAUGAAAUGAAGUCAUAUGUGGGCAAGUUUGUGCCCCUGUUGUGUGUUCUGAAUACUGGCAUAAUGGGAGUCUCAGAUGUAAAUUUAAUUUCUUGUUUGCAGUGAUUAUUUCAUAUUGAUCCCUGAUUUGUGAAAAUCUAGCAACUUGUGGUCGAUAUAUGCUGCAGAAUGAACGUGCUCAACUGAUUGAAUUCUGAACAAUGAUGAAAGUGUA